UGUGUAUAAGAAUGGUAGGAGGGAGCAGGUAUGGAGUUGCGUUGUGUUUGGCCAGCGUCGCCCUGCUCAAUAGCAUCCAUGCCCUCAACAUAGGAGCUCAAGCCACUGGAGUUGCUGUCUCCCUGGAGAAAAACUGCAGCAGAAGUUGCGAGUCAAGCUUCUGUUCAGUGGCUCCAUUUCUGAGAUAUGGCAAGUACUGCGGCCUCCUCUACAGCGGGUGCCCCGGAGAAAGGCCCUGCGACGGCCUGGACGCUUGUUGUAUGAAGCAUGACCAAUGCGUAGGAGACACAAACAAAGGGUACUUGAGCCAAGAAUGCAGCAAGAGGUUGAUAAAGUGCAUGAAGAAAUACAGCAAGGGGGGAAGCAGAAGCAGGACUUUCCAGGGAAACACGUGCCAAGUGGAGGAGGUCGUUCAUGUAAUCCUCUGUGUCAUGAAGGCAGCCCUCUUCGCCGGAAGAGUUCUUCGCAGGCCCUAACUAGCUUCCUCGCUUCCACUUCAUUCUUCAUACUCCUCAUCUCUUCUUUUAUUUGUCUAAUCUCUUGAUCUCUUUCAUUACUGCUACUUCAUUAAAUUAAAUCAGUCAAUUUAGUUUUUAGUUUUUGUCUCAACAAUUC